AUGCGCGACGACCGCGUCGAGGCCGGCUCCCUCGCCGACCUCAACCUCUUGGCCGCCAACCCGCCGCGCUACCCCGUCAACCCGACCGACGAGCCGCGCGAGCCCUUGACGCUGUACAUCUCCCGCGUGCCCGGCACCCGCGACGUCAUCCUGUCGACGCUCAAGCCGCAGCGCAAGAAUGUGACGAGCGAAGACGUGGCCAAUGCACUGUACUAUGUCCAUCUCGAUCUGCCGUCGGACGGGCUGUUGGUGGCGCCGCAGACGGUGGCAGCAGCUGCAGCUGCCGGCCCGACAGCACCGACCGUAGCACGAAAACCGGUGCCGUCUCCGGCGCCACGUCCGGCGCCGCGGCCGACACCCGCCGACAUCCCUGCGGUCGUCGUCCCCCCGACCAGCACAGCGCCCCCUGAGGCGCCGCCGGCACCACCGCCACACCGCGAACUGGUGUCGCCACGAGCGCCGAUGCCAUGGGUGCCGCCUGGCUUUCGGCUGGACGAAGGGCACAGCUUCGACGCUGCCCCGCCUGCAUCUGCCCACGAUACCCUUCCAUCACAGCAGCAACAACAACAGCAGCAACCGCCGCCGGCAGUGCAGCCGUUCCCGGCAACGUCCACACUGCCUAUACGGUCGCGACCAUUGCCGGGGCGGACUGUCCCGGGGAACAGCAGCAGCAAUGGACCCCCACCCGUCGGGCCGCCGCAAGGCACACCAGGCACCUCACCGGCCAUACCGCGCAAGCCAGUCGGCCCUCGACCGGACAGCUUCGACGCCAGCGGCGGUGGCGUCCCGCUACGGCCGCACGACAAGGUUCUGCCGCAGGUGCCAGCCGCCCAAGCGCAACCGCGCAGCAGCCAGCAACAACCCCCGCCCGCACCCUCCCGCAUACAAUCCAGCACCCCAAGUAACUUUGUGCCCUUCCAGCUCACCCUCAUCCGCCGCGACCCCUCGACUAGCCACCAGUGGAACAUUGGCAAGAUUGCGUCCGUGCAGGCGGUGGACGCGCCGGACGACGAUCCGGCGGCCGCGUCCUCCGAGUCCACCCCCACUCCCCCGCCGCCCAAGGAGCAGCCGUCCAUCCGCAUCCGCCUCGAGACGUCUGGGUACGCCAAGUUCCGCGGCGACGACGGCGACACGGCCUUUGCGCGCCACGUGGUCAUGGCCUACACGAAGAGCUGGACCGCGGGCCUUCGCAACGCCUUGAAACGGCCGUCGCACAGCCACGCGCGGUCGUCGUCGGCCGACGGCGCGGCGGCUUUUGGAGGCGGUGUCGGUCCGACCGGAUACGGCCCCGACGACCUCGAACCGCCCCGCCGCUUCUUGCGUCCGCGGAACCACUCGCUGGUCGCCACGGCCGACGCACCGGCCAACCCCCGCCGCAGCAUCGACUCGGGCGGCGGCCGCCGCCACCGGUCCACGUCCCCGUCCAAGUCCGCCGCCGCCCCCGCCGCCCUCAUCACGCGCCCCGGCCCCGGCCUCAAACCCAAGGGCUACUCCUUCACCAGCCCCUGGGACGGCCGCUGCGAUUUCCGCACCGGCAACGGCGGCCGCAGUCUCAAGUGUCGCCACAUCCUGCACCCGGCUGCCACCGACGGGACGACGGGCGGCGGCGGCGGUGGCGUUGCUGGGUACAACCCGCUGGUGAUUGCCCAGAGCUUCCGCGACGGGCCGGGCCAGGGGCUGGCGGCCGUGGCGGCGGCGACGUCGAGCGUCGUCGGGGGCGGUGCGGACGGCGGCGGGCGCGCGCGCGCGUCCUCUCUGACGUCUGCCCUGACGGGCGCCGUCGCCGUCAGCGAGCUGCGGUUCAACCUGCCACGCGGCGAGCUGAUGCGGCGGCCGCGGGCGGGCCGGGACGACUCGGAGGAGGGGGCGCCCGAGCGCGCGCGCGAAGGUCGGGGAGGAGACCGAAGCGGCGGCGGCGGCGCCCGCGCUGACCAGCUGUACGGCCGCUUCCAGGACCAUCUGCACCACUGGCAGCAGCAGCACGCCCGGCGCCGGGGCUCGUCCACCGCCGAAGACGCUGAAGACGCCGAAGACGACGACGACGACGACGACGACGACGUUGACCUCGGCGAUGGCGACCACAACGAAGACGACGAGCUGGACUUGCGCCUGGGGCGCGAAAAGGCCGGCGGCGGCAACCGCGGCAAGCGCGCCAAGCUGGGCAAGCUCAUUGUCUACGACGACGGCUUCAAGAUGCUGGAUCUGGUCGUCGCGGCGAACAUGGGUGUGUGGUGGGUGUCGUGGGAGCGGAGCUUUUAG